UUCUCAAACCUUAGGUUGAAGCUUCCUAGUGAUUGAAACUGUUGUAAUAUUGUUGUAUAAAUAGCUCUCCAUGAUACCCAAUGUUGUUCAUUCCAGUUUACAGCAAAAGACUCAAAAUCCCAUGGCUUCUUUUGCAAUACCAUUCAAAAUCAUCUUCUUCCUCGUCGUUGUCCAGCUUCGGUCUUCCCAUGUUUUCUCUUCAUCCUCCAUUAACCUUACAGAAGCUGAAGCCCUUCUAAAAUGGAAAGCUAGCCUUGACAACAACACCCAAACUAUGCUCUCAACCCUGUGGGUCGGAAGCAGCAAUUGCAACUGGGUUGGAAUCACUUGUGAUAAGGUUGGAAGCAUCACCAAUCUUAGCCUCGCAGGGUAUGGUUUGAGAUUGAAAGGUACACUUCACAAUCUCAACUUCCUUUCCUUUCCUAGCUUGGUUAGCCUUAACCUUCAAAACAACUCACUAUAUGGCUCCAUUCCGUCCCACAUUGGGAACCUUUCUAAACUUGUCUUCCUUGACUUGUCCUACAAUAAUUUUUUCUAUGGGCCAAUUCCUCCAACGUUCAACAACCUUACUUAUUUGCAGCAUUUACAGUUAGGACAUAACCAUCUCACUGGUCCAUUGCCCAAGAACAUAUGCAUAGGGAGAUCACUCGCAUAUUUUGGAGCUAUGAAUAAUAAUUUGAUAGGUCAGAUCCCAUCAAGUUUGAGAGAUUGCAAAAGCUUAUAUGGAGUUAGGCUUGAAGGAAACCACUUAACUGGAAAUAUAUCAAAAAUCUUUGGUAUAUAUCCAAAUUUGAGUUUCAUUGCAUUAAGUGAUAACAGAUUUUAUGGCGAACUUUCUCCGAAAUGGAGCCAAUGCCAUAAUCUGCAAAGCCUACAGAUUGCCAAUAAUAACAUUACUGGAAAGAUACCACUUGAGUUGGGAAGUGCAACUCAGUUGCAAGAACUCAAUCUCUCUUCAAAUCAUCUAAUCGGUGAGAUUCCCAAGGAACUAGGAGCAUUGACAAAGUUGUCCCGUCUUUCGCUAAGUGGUAACCAACUGUCGGGUAAAAUUCCAUUUGGUAUUGGACUUCUUUCAAAUCUACGACAACUUAACUUGGCAUCAAACAAGUUAAGUGGAUCUAUUCCUGACCAACUUGGAAAUUGCUCCAGAUUACGGAACUUGAAUUUGAGCAGGAAUAACCUUAGAGAGAGAAUUCCAUUUUCUAUAAGCUACAUAAAUGGCCUUCAAAGUCUAGAUUUGAGUCAUAAUUCACUUACCGGAGGUAUCCCACGUCAGCUUGGAGAAUUACAUUCCUUGAAAAUAUUGGACCUUUCUCACAAUUUACUCAAAGGUUCCAUCCCAAAAGCUUUCAGGGAUUUGCAUGGUUUGACAAUUGUGAACGUAUCUUUCAAUCGAUUAGCAUUUCACGAGGUUUCAUUCGAUGCUAUAAAGAACAAUAAAGGCCUAUCGAGUAAUGCCACAGAACUAAGGCCUCAUUUUGUCCCUUCUCGAGCAAAUUAUGGUCUUAAAAAGGGCACCAAAGACUUCAUUUUAGUUGUGUUUCCAAACAUUGGUGGUCUACUUUUGCUACUUAUAAUGGUUGCAACUUUUCGUAGGUUUUGUAUGAAGACUCCAACCAAAAAUUUCGAGUCAACGGAGGAAGAAAAUGGAGAUAUUUUAACUGUAUUGGGAUUUGAUGGAAGAAUACUCCAUGAUGACAUCAUUGAAGCCACUGAAAAUUUUAGCUCCAACUAUUGCAUUGGUUCAGGAGGAUAUGGAACUGUUUACAAAGCUACAUUACGAACUGGUCAAAUGGUUGCUGUGAAGAAAUUUCACCAAUAUGUAGAUAACAUUCUCAACAACUCGAAAGCCUUUGAAAGAGAAAUUGCUGCUUUACUAGAAAUAAAGCAUCGUAACAUUGUGCAGAUGUAUGGCUUUUGUAAACAUCGAAAGCAUUCUUUUCUGGUUUUUGAGUUUGUAGAAAAGGGGAGUUUGAAAAUGGUCUUAAGCAACAAUGAACAAGCAGAGGAGUUGGAUUGGAAGAAGAGGCUAAAUGUAGUUAAGGGAUUGGCUAAUGCUUUGUCGUAUAUGCAUCAUGACUGUUCACAACCUAUAAUUCAUCGAGACAUUUCCAGCAACAAUGUUCUUUUGGAUUCGGACUAUGAAGCUCAUGUCUCAGACUUUGGCACAGCUAAACUUUUAAGGCCUGACUCCUCCAAUUGGACUUCACUUGCAGGCACCUCCGGGUAUAUGGCUCCAGAGUUGGCCUAUACAAUGAGAGCAGAUGAGAAAUGUGAUGUCUAUAGUUUUGGUGUGCUAACACUAGAAGUUUUAUUGGGGAGGCAUCCUGGCGAUCUUCUUUCAUCGACAUCGGCAUCCAUGUCAAAUGACAAACAAGUUUUGCUUCAGAAUGAGAUAGACCAACGUCUCCCACCACCAAAAAACCAAGUUGCAAAGGACAUAGUCCCUACUAUAAUGAUAGCAGUUUCUUGCUUGAAUAGUAAUCCCCAACUUCGACCAACCAUGAAACAAGUUGCUCAAGUCCUUAGUUGUAAGUCUCAUCCAUUGCCAAGCCCUUUCUCGACCAUAGCCUGCCAUGGCUAACAAAGGUGCUACAGUACAAGUCAUAUACUAGGUAACCCACAGACUUGAUCGGGUCUGCGGAUCGGAAGUUCAGCCAUACUAUUUAUUAGCUUUAUUAUCAUUAGUAUCACUAGCCUAUUUCCAGUAAUUUUAAGAUAUGUAAUAUUAUGUUGUAGAAUAAUAAUUGACGAAUUAUGUUUUACAACUGUUAACUCUUUUUAGUUUUGCUUUAAAACUAAAUUUCGAAAUAAUGUGUUUUAAAAAAAUAA